UAAUUUAAUAAGAAAAAUAUACCGAAAGAUGUCUCGUGUUAUAAAUAUUUUUAAAGUUAUUAGAAACAAUUGGAAGAAAUCUGUUGCAGGGACAAUAGUAUUUUCCUAUGGUUGCUCAUACUUCAUCAAUACCUAUGAGAUAAAGCAGGUUAUGAGAAAAUAUUGUGAAGAGGCAGCAAUAUAUGGAGAUCAAUCCCUUCCAACAAAUAUUAGACCUCAACAGAUUACUGUUAUUCUUAAUCCAGCAUCCAAUAACAGAAAAGCUAAGCAAUUGUUUGAGAAGUAUUGCGAACCACUUUUACAUCUCGCCGGAUUUGCAGUGACAAUAAUACAAACUCAGUCUGAAAAUCAAGCACGAAAUUUAGUUGCGAAUCUAAAUACGCAUGCCGAUGCGAUAGUAGUAGCUGGUGGAGAUGGCACAUUAUCCGAUGUCGUUACUGGAAUCAUGAGAAAAUAUAAAGAAAAUAAGUCGAUAGCUAAAGAGUGUCCAAUUGGAAUCUUACCACUGGGCCAAACUAACAAGGUGGCAGAUUCCUUAUUUUAUGGAUAUACAGAUUUAAUCGAAGUUCGAAAACUUGUUAAUGCUACAAUGGCAAUCGUAAGAGGGAAGACAAAAUUGGCCGAUGUCUUGGAAGUUGAAUUAUUAGAUAAUGAUGUAGCACACCCUCAAGAAUCUGUUUAUGCAAUAGGUACUGUAGAGUGGGGUGCUUGGAAAGAUGCCCAGUCAAGAAUAGACAAAUAUUGGUAUUGGGGUUCCCUAAGAAAAUACGUUACGUACAUAUUUAAUGGUUUAAAAAAUGAUUUAAAUUGGGAAUGUAAUGGUCUUGUACGGUACUCCGAUCCAUGCAGUGGUUGCUCUAAAUGCUAUAAAGUAGAAGAGACGACGUCAACUGAUAGACGAUGGUGGCAUGCAUUUGUACCAAAAGUAAAAAAAUUUUCAACUGGCGAAAGUGUGAAAGACUAUAGCAAAGUCAUUAAUAACAAUUGUGGAGUGACUCGAGAAAUUCCAAUUUUUACAACUGAAUUAAGUUUAGUAACUCAAAAUGUUAAUCAAGUAAAUCAAUCUACACCGUCGAUAAAAAUUGAAUUAGGUCCUAAAAGUAUUAAUUAUACUGAUUUUAUAAUUGAAGGAUGGCAAAGAUUAAAGGGAAACAAAUCAUUAAUUAAUAAAACCUUUGAAGUCAAAGAUAUUGAAAUUCAUCCUUCACCUUCUAAUAAUUUAGGACAUAAGGAGCGUACAUUUUAUAUAGAUAACGAAGAAUUCGAAUUAAAAUCAGUUAAAUUUAAAUUGCUUCCAAAAACGAUAAAAAUAUUUUGUUCUGAAAAUAAAAAUUAG